AUGUUGCCAACAGGCUUUGCGCCCAUCCCCGUCAAGCUGCCCAAAAUUCUGGGGGAGGACCUGGCGGGCGUGGUGGUGGAGGCACCAGAGGGCAGCAAGUUCAAGGAGGGCGACCGGGUGUUUGCGGGCACAGACCAGUUCUUCAAGUCGGGAGACCAGGGAGGCACCGACGGCGAGUUUGUGGCGGCGGACGAGCACACGGUGUGCCUCAUCCCAGAGGGGGUCAGCUUCCUGGAAGCUGCCGCGGUGCCGGUGGCGGGGCUGACCGCCUGGCAGGCGCUGGAGCGGGUGUUCCCCCUGGAGGGCAAGCGCGUGCUCAUCCACGGCGGCGCCGGCGGCGUGGGCGGCUUUGCCAUACAGAUCGCCAAGGCACACGGCGCGCACGUCACCACCACCUGCUCCAGCGCCAAGGUGGAUUAUGUGAGCAAGAAGCUGGGGGCGGACGUGGUGAUCGAUUACACAAAGGGCCCCUGGGAGGCGGCUGCGCGGGAGUCGCUGGGCGGGGAGCGGUACGACUUCGUCCUGGACACCAUCGGCGGCAGCUACGAGGCAGCCAGCCUGCGCCUGGUCAAGCGCGGCGGCCAGCUGGCGGGCGUGGGCGCCACCGGCCCCGACGUGGCCCGCGUCUCCCUGCUGGGCAUGGCCGCGCUGCUGUUCAACGCGGGCUGGCGCACGCUGAUGGGGCGCCUGGGGCUGGCGCCCAAGUACCACUUCGUCAUGACUGAAAGCAAGGCAUCUAGAGGACUGGAGCAGAUUGCGGAGCUGAUGAGGGAGGGCAAGUUCAAGGUGCACCUGGACCGGGUGUUCCCGCUGGAGGAGCUGGCCCAGGCGCACGAGUAUUUGGAGCAGGGGCGGGCGCGCGGCAAGGUGGGCAUCCUCAUAAAGGCCAUGGACUGA